GCCGUGCAUAGCAAGACGGCAAAGAAGAGACGCAAAAGGGGGGCAAAGGCAGAGAUACCUUCGAAACAAACUCCUCUGACAGGUAGGAAUGGCACCUUCCCAUCACAACUGAUGUGGCUCCAUUGCCAGGCUGAGUUUCUGGAUUACUUUUUUUGGAAACGGCUCUCGUGCCUUGAAUUCUGUGCAAAGUUUUUGGUUGACUUUGGAAGGAGACUCUUUUUUCUCUCUUGGAGUGGCCGUAUAAAAUGAGUGACAGACGACGAUCUGCUGCUGCUCUCAGUUCCAGAGCUCACGCUUUUUCAGUAGAAGCCCUGAUCGGAUCAAACAAGAAGAGAAAACUGAGAGAGUGGGAAGAGAAGGAGUUGGAUCUUUCCAUGGAAAAUCUCAGCCCCAAUGGGCAGCUAGUGGAAGGGGACGACCCAGCUCACUGUCUCGAUAUCCAGCCCGAAUCGGAGGCCAGCCCCAGUCCUAACAGUGAGGGACUCACAGAAAGAACAUCUUGUUCAUUCGGCUCCCGCUCUGACUUGGCUCACACUCCCUCAGAUGCCUCCCCGCCCUCCUCCAUGGAUGACAUCCAAGUUGAGCUGCAGUGCGCGGACCUUUGGAAGAGGUUCCACGACAUUGGGACAGAAAUGAUCAUCACUAAAGCCGGCAGACGGAUGUUUCCAGCAAUGAGAGUUAAAAUUAUGGGCUUGGAUCCCCACCAGCAAUAUUACAUUGCCAUGGAUAUUGUGCCUGUUGAUAACAAGAGAUACAGAUAUGUGUAUCAUAGCUCCAAAUGGAUGGUGGCUGGUAAUGCAGACUCUCCUGUUCCUCCUCGGGUUUACAUCCACCCUGACUCCUUGGCCUCUGGAGACACCUGGAUGAGACAGGUUGUCAGUUUUGACAAACUGAAGUUGACAAACAAUGAACUUGAUGAUCAGGGACACAUCAUUUUGCACUCUAUGCACAAAUACCAGCCUCGGGUCCACGUGAUUCGAAAGGAUUUUAGCAGUGAUUUGUCUCCAACGAAGUCCAUACCUGCAGGAGAAGGUGUUAAGACUUUCAACUUUCCGGAGACUGUGUUCACAACUGUAACAGCUUAUCAAAACCAACAGAUCACAAGGCUAAAGAUUGACAGAAACCCCUUUGCUAAAGGAUUUCGAGACUCAGGAAGAAACAGGACUGGUCUCGAGGCUAUCAUGGAAACAUAUGCUUUCUGGAGACCUCCUGUUAGGACCCUCACCUUUGAAGAUUUUACCACGAUGCAAAAACAACAGGGAGGAAGCACAGGUACAUCUCCGACAACAUCUAGUACUGGAACACCUUCCCCAUCUGCCUCAUCCCAUCUCCUCUCACCUUCCUGUUCCCCUCCUACAUUUCACCUGACACCCAACACAUUUAAUGUGGGAUGUAGAGAGAGUCAGCUAUGCAACCUCAACCUCUCUGAAUACCCAGCCUGUGCCAGGAGCAACAUGGCAGCUCUGCAAAGCUACCCUGGCUUAGGGGAUACCUCUUAUGGAAGGCUGCAGCCAGGGAGCAACUCUGUUAAUCAGUCUUCUGAAACAUUCAUGCCCCAGAGGACACCAUCUUUAAUUUCUGGAAUGCAAACAUCCCCUGCUUCUCUGCCUGGUAAUAAUAAGAUGGACGCCUAUGGUGGUCAGCUGGGAUCUUUUCCCACCUCUCAACUCCAGUAUGUCAUGCAAGCAGGAAGUUCUGGUCCAAGUUCCUCUACUUCCCAUAUGUUCAGUGGUGGCCAUAUGCAACAAGGAUCUUACAAUGCAUUCUCCCUACACAAUCCAUACAAUCUCUAUGGAUACAACUUUCCAGCUUCACCUAGACUGGCCACAAGCCCGGAGAAACUAACUGCCUCACAGAACAGCAUCCUGUGUUCUUCUCCACCAAAUGGUCCAUUUGUAGAAAGACAGUACUUAUCUUCUGGAAUGGAUGGAAUGCACAUGAUAGGCAACUCGUCUGCAGGGCAGCAGACAGCAAACACCUGUGAUAGCCGUCAGUAUGGAGCUGUUUCAGGCCCCACUUCACAAAUGUCCGUACACAUGGUGUAAAGCUGAUUUUAGGCUCAGUGAUCCGAAAAAGCAAAGUCAGCAUUUUUGGAAGCUAAGCUACAUGACGUGUUAAGAUGGAACUCAGAAUCGCAUUUUUGAUUUUUGUUGCCUGUGUUUGGAGGAUGGGCAUCUGAAUAAAAAAUGGAAAAAGAACAAAAACACAAAAAAAUAACACUUAUGUCGAUAAAUAUUUUAAAAGGACCUGUAACAUUUCAUGAUGAUUUGCACUGGUCUAUAGUCUUUUACAUCAAGCAAACAGGACAGAAAAUGAAGGAAAGUAAAAUCAGUUGGCUCUCGGCCAAGGACAGACUUCAGAUUGCUUGGAUGAAAGCGAAAAUCUUGGUGCAAUAUUUCUGGAAAACAGAUUUGACUUGGACACUUUGAAAGUAAAGGUAUAUAAAUAUACCUGCCAGAAUCAUCCCCUGAUCAACAAGAAGAGACUAAAAUGUUUUGCUUUUAAUGAGCAGAGAAAAUUUAAUAAAAAAAAGAAAAAUGGGGAAUGAAGUCUGAAGAACUUAGUUUAAAUUUGACGAUUUCUAAUAAGAACAUUUUUUUUUAGCUUGACAGCCGGAAACUGGGAAUAGGACAACUAAAGAGGAAAAAAAAAAGCACUUAAGCAUAUAUUUAUAUAUAGCCAAAAUGUUGUAAAACAUAUGAAAGUUUAUUACAGUGAAGCCAAGAGCUCAGUGUCAUUGACGAAAGACAACUUCUGAUCCUUCAGAUCUCUUGUUUCACCUCAUGCAUAAAGGAAUUGUCCAAACUAUAGUUUGGUGAAAGCAAAAGAUACGAGUGGUGUGCAAAAAAGAAAAGAGUUAUUAGACUGAAUAAUUAAGACAUGUUCUGUUGUGUUGUAGAGAAAUAUAUUUAUGUGGCUAGCAGUAAUACAGUACAAAGAAAGAAGGCCAGUACCAUGUACGUUGUUUGUAACAAUGAAGAAACCCAAAACAGAAGCAAACCAUGCCUGUAUAAAAAUGCCUUUGAAAUAAAUGUGUAAGUUCAAAGCACAAAUACAAUGCUCAAUAAACAUAAUAAUGUAUGUACAGUA